AAUGAUCACUCCCCGAUUCGAAUGAUUAUCACCAGUGGCGCCUCACACCACCGGGGGUAGUACUAUCAUGGACAUCAGCCUUUGCUUUACUCCAUAUUUUUUAGCAAGCGUCAGCAAUUAGCAAUUUCCCGUAUAACCUCUGGGCGAGUUGUGUGAUGAUUCGUAGCAAUGAGUACAAAAAAGUUUGUGAAGGGGGUAAAUAACUUGGAUUUUUCUCUGAUGAAGUGAGUCGAGGGGACGGGGUUAUGAGACCUCGUCGUAGUGACACAGCUUCGUUAUCUAGUUCAGUCUACACGACGAUGAUUCUUUGGUGAUGAGACAGUGAUAUCAAGGGAAUGUCGUGCUAUAAACCCUCGGCGAAGGCACUUCCUUACUGGAUUUGUGCUGGAUUGAGGAUUGUUCUAACACUUUUACCCCAGACUGGAUAUAUCCAUCCUGACGAGUUUUUCCAGUCUGUCGAGGUGAUUGCAGGGGAUCGUUUCGACAUAUCUGUCAAUAAACCCUGGGAGUUCAACACAACGUUUCCCAUCCGCUCAUCCCUGAUUCCCCAAGUAAUCAUCGGGGUGCCCUACACAAUCCUGAACAUCCUCGCCCCCUACUUCUCGCACUACUUCCAGAUCUCUCUGAGAACCCCCUACCUCCUGGUGGUGCUCCCCAGACUUGUCAUCUGCGCCCUGUCCUUCGUCACCGAUUAUUCACUCUACAAGAUAUGCUGCAUCUACAGCCAGAAUUACCGAGUGAGGCUCGUCAUCUACGCGAGCUCCUUCGUCAUGAUGACCUACGCCACUCGCACCUUCUCCAACAGCAUCGAGCUGAUCCUCAACUCCAUUCUGAUUUAUUACGUCUCCAGGUGCAUGGCAUGUUCAGAGAAGAUUGUUCUCCAGAGCGAUCACUUCAAAGAACGAUACGAUAAGGCCCCAACGAUCGUCGAGAGAGUCAAGUACUAUAAAUUACGAGCAUCGCUUCCAUCCCAUUCCCUCAAUCACUGCCUCAUCCUAGCGGGUGUCACCGUCCUGGGUAUCUUCAAUCGACCAACAUUCAUUGCUUUUGCAUUUCCACCGAUAGCCUUCUGGCUCCAGCGAGGACUCGGCUCCAGGAGCGUUGGCUUCCUGGAUUUUCACGUACGAAUAAUCACGUUUAUUUGUUGUGGAAUACCCACAGCUGUCGUUGGCAUCCUCGCUGACAGCUUCUACUUUGGGUACCUGACUCUCGGCGAGAUCAUGAAGCUCGAGGUGGGGAUGGAUAAUUUACUGGUUACCCCCUUGAAUUUCUUGAGGUACAACUCGGCGACGGAGAACCUGGAGAAGCACGGAAUUCACGGGAGAUACCACCAUUUUCUAGUCAACGUUCCCCUGCUGUUUAAUGUCCUGGGGGUCAUUGGAUUGAUCUCCUUCGGGAGAAUGAUCAAUAGUGCGUCGAAACGUCACUGGCUGGAGCUCCCUCGCAUUCAGAGCAUCGAGAGUCUGAUGAUCGCCUGCUUCAUAGUCCCAAUCGCACUUCUCUCGAUUUUCCCUCACCAAGAGCCUCGAUUCAUCAUUCCAGUGCUGCUGCCUCUGGUGUUCCUCCACGGGGGCUCCCUAGGGAACGGCAAGAGCCCAACAACAGUCGCCCCCAGCAACAGCCACGACCCAACUCACAUCUACACGAAAAAAUCCCCGAGGAUAAUUCGAUGGCAGGUGAUCUGGUGGCUCACCAACAUGUUCCUGACGUUAUUCUACGGAUUUUUGCACCAAGGGGGUGUUCUACCCCUAGCGAAGCACAUGUAUCACGAGCUGAAGGCCAAACCAGAGCUCACCCACGUUCAUUUAUUCACGUCCUUCACUUAUCCACUGCCCACAGCUCUUCUCCAUCUCAAGAACACGAAUAAAAUUUACACCAGCAGUACCAAACAUCGGUACCAACUCAAACAGGAUUUUUUCUUGUACGAAGAGGGCAGCAAGGAUAUAUCAGAGGUCUACACAAACAUUCAGAGGACAUUGAAAGAGUGUGAGAAGAAAUUUCACAAUCAGAAAAUACCCUACAGACUCUACUAUGCAAUGCCUGUUAAUUUAUUUCCCGAAUUUAUGGAGCACAUUUUGAUGAAUGGCACGAGGAAUCUGAGUUAUCAAACGACGAAUGUCUUUUAUCCACACAUUUCCACUGAAAAGUUACCAAUUUUCACAUUUAAUUUAGAUUGUUUUCUUGUGGAGAGCAUGAGUUUGUGUCUCAAUCAUUUGACAACGAAUUUUUCCAACGAUUUAUUCCAGUUAAUUGAUAGUUUUGGAUUAUUAUUGCUGAGAAUUGAAGUGCCUGAUAAUGCUGGAUAUAUCUCCUAGGGGAUUGUUGAUACCCCAAGUGCUUGGGUGAAUAAAUCGAAAGCUUUUUUCAUGUUA